CCUUCUUCACUAUUCUGGAUAUAUAGAGACAACUGCCAGCUUUUCUUUGUAGGCUCUAGAAAUCUCUCACUUUCUCUCGUUAUUUCCUCAACCCCUUUAUAAAUGCGCCACUCUCAUCCUUCAUUUUCCAUACUAGUUGAUUGUCUGCUGCCUCAUAUAUCCGAGUAUCCGAGUCUCUCAAACAAUUUGCGUUCAACAUGGAUUUGAGAAACGCGGGCAAUGUCUUCGCGUUCUUGGAAGACAUGCUAGACUUGGCAGAGCAAGAGCCCGAAAAGCCCCGAAACAACAACCACCCAUCUCGGGCGUACGUCCGAGACGCGAAAGCGAUGGCGGCGACGCCGGCGGACGUGGUGGAGUACCCGAACGCGUACGUGUUCGUGGUGGACAUGCCGGGAAUCGAGGCGGGACAAAUUAAAGUGCAGGUGGAGAACGACAACGUUUUGGUGCUGAGCGGAAAGCGAAGGCGGGAGGAAGGGAUCAAGGAGAGUGGGGUGAAGUACGUGAGGAUGGAGAGGAGGGUUGGGAAGUUCAUGAGGAAGUUUGUGCUGCCGGAGAAUGCCAAUUUGGAUGCGAUUUCGGCGGUGGCUAAAGAUGGGGUUCUCACUGUGAGGGUGGAGAAGCUGCCUCCGCCGGAGCCCAAGAGGCCCAAGACCAUCCACGUCAAUGUUGCUUGAAAAUCAUUCGUCAGUUCAGUCAGUGACUCAAGAGUAGAAUGAAACUUGAUGUCAUUGGUGUUGGGUUUUUCUUUUGGGGAAGAACAUGUGUGUAUCAACUUUGAAUAAAUUCCAAGUUUGUUUGUGUUGUUUGUCUGUUUGUCUUUUUCUUUUGAUUUUUGUCUCGUGAGAUAGAUUUUUGUUGGGUACUGAAAACUUUUGUGGGUUUUUCUUGAGAACAAACCCAGCCUGUUUAUCAUUUCAUCGCACUUCUCCAAAGCCUUGCAUCACUUUCUUACCAUCUCCUAAUAUCCAAACAACCCCAAAAGCAAUCGAAUCACUCAAAUAAAUUACACAGGAAAAAGUUG